GGGGCGGGCGCGGGGGCGGGCGCGGGGGCGGGGGCGCCGCGCCUAUAAAGCUGCGGCCGCGGCCGAGCGGCCACAGCCGGUGCCCAGCGCCCCGUCGCCCCCGCGCCCCCCGCGCCCCCCGCCGCUCUCGCUCCCGCAGCCGCGGCUCGGCCGCCACCCUCAGCCACCACGGACGGGGCAAGUCCCGCCGCCCGCCAGCCCGGCGCCCCCGGCCCGCCCGCCAGCGCCGCGGCCAUGGAGCGCCUGGUGGCCCGCAACACCUUUCCCGCGCUGGUGCGCACCAGCGCCUGCCGCACGCUCUUCGGGCCGGUGGACCACGAGGAGCUGAGCCGCGAGCUGCGGGCGCGCCUGGCCGAGCUGAGCGCCGAGGACCGGCGCCGCUGGGACUACGACUUCCAGCUGGACGUGCCGCUGCGGGGCCCCGGCCGGCUGCAGUGGACCGAGGUGGACAGCGACUCCGUGCCCGCCUUCUACCGCGAGACGGUGCAGGUGGGUCGCUGCCGCCUGCUGCUGGCCAGCCGGCCGCGCCCGGUGCCCGUGGCGCGGCUCCCGGACCCCGAGGCCGCCGAGCCCGAGCCCCUGGACGGCCGGCCCGAGGCGCCCCCGCCGCCCCCCGACGCGGACGGCGAAGACGAGGGUGAAGGCGAGGCCGAGGCCGAGGGCGAAGGCGAGGGCGAGGGUGAAGGUGAGGAUGAAGGCGAGGAUGAGGAUGAGGAUGAGGACGAGGACGAGGACGAGGAUGAGGAUGAGCAUGAGGGUCAGGGCCAAGGUGAGAACCAGGGUGAGGGCGAAGGCGAAGGCGAGGACCAGGGUCAGGGCGAGAACCAGGACCAGGGCGAGAACCAGGACCAGGGCGAGAACCAGGACCAGGGCGAGAACCAGGACCAGGGCGAGAACCAGGGUCAGGGCGAGAACCAGGACCAGGGCGAGAACCAGGGUCAGGGCGAGAACCAGGACCAGGGUGACAGCGAGGCGGCCGCGGAGCCGGGCCAGGAGGACGCGGCCGCGGACUCGCCCGAGGACCAGGACGAGGACCGGGGCGAGGAGGACGAGGACCAGGACGACGAGGACGACGAAGAUGACGAAGAUGACGAGGAGGAGCAGGAGGACGCGGAGCCCGAGCCGCCGGCCGAGCAGCCGCCGUCGGGGAUGUCGGGGCGCCCCGCGCCCCCCGCACCCCUGGCCGCCUGCGCCCCCGCCGCCCCGGGAGACCCGGGUGCCUCCGCGGGCUCCGCAGGCCCGUCCGCCCCGGGAGGCGCGUCCACCAGGAAGCUGUCGGCAGGGCCGCUCAUCUCCGAUUUCUUUUCCAAGCGCAAGAGACCCUCCCCCGACAACAAGCCGGACGAGGAGCCCCCCGCGGGCGGCGCGGCGGCGAAGACCCCGCGCAAGAGACUGCGGUGAACCCCCUCGCGCCCUCUGAGCCCGGAGGAGUCCGCGGGGCCACGGACACGACAGACAGGAGCGCAGGGGCGCGGGGCUUCGGCUGGGACCGUCAGUGUAGCAGCGACCCGCCGUCCCCGGCGGCUCGGCUCUGUUUGAAAGCUAGCAAAGUGUGCAAUGUUUUCCUCGGGUCCUCUACGUGCAGACGCAUCCCGCACCCGGAGCACGCUGGUCCCAAGGUGUGAAGCUUUAAGAGUCAUUUAUAUGGAACGUUUAAUCUCUGCUGUCAGUGCAAAAAAAAAAAAUCAAAAAAUUUUUUAAAAAAAGAAAAAAAAAACCUGUAUAUUUGUAGAAAAAAUUUAAAAAAAAAAGUAAUACUAACUUAUAUUCCUAUUUAUGUGGGGGGCGUGGGCCGCCCCUGCACAUCUCAGCUCUGCUCAUUGGUUAUGCCAAAGGCCCAUGCCUCCAUCAGGCUCUCAAAUGUAAUGGAAUUUCCUAGUGGACUCUGGAGAGGCCCUCCAAGCGUAGCACCAGCCCGCCGCUGCCCAGCCUGCUCUAGCCUCCUCUCAGCCUUUGCUCCGUCGGUUGCUCUGCCCAUGUUACCCUGCCGCUGACUAGUGCCCAUGUGAUCAGUGUGACCAUGACUCUAAACUUGAAGACAGAUCUGUACCAGGUUCCUGAGCCGAUUCUACCACUGCCCUGGCCCCUUGUCUGCCUGGGUUCUACCCAAUAAAGAGGCGACAAAUGCUGCA